AUGGCUGCGAAAAGAGUAAAAAAGCUUGAUGGAAGAAAAAAGGGUGACCAAAUCUCGAAAUUGCCGGAUUCUAUCACCCACCAAAUCCUCUCUUUUCUUCCCACCAUUGAGGUAGUUCGGAUGAGCAUUCUGUCCAAGCGUUGGAGACGCGUGUGGUAUUCGGUCCCGGCGUUGAAUUUUUAUCAGAUCCAUACUGACUUGUGGAAAGAACGCUUUGAUAAGUUUGUAGACGAGUGUUUGAAACACCGCGAGAUAGGCAUGCGCUACAUCGCGGAUUCGUCCAUAACCCGAUUUAGCCUUCAGAUGCCACAUGAUGCUGACUACACUCGCGUGGAUAAAUGGUUGAAUUUUCUAGUUGUCAAGAACAAAAUGGAGGAAUUAGAUCUCUUGUUAAGACCCCUGUCUCGCACAGGACUAACAUUGCACUACCGCUUGCCUAAGGCCAUACUUAAAGCACAGUCUUUGACUCUUCUAAAGCUGGAAGGGCUGAAAAUGGAGAGUCCUCUUCAAGUGUGCCUUCCAUUUUUGAAGCUUUUGUCCUUGAAAGAUGUCGGCGGAUUGAAUGAUCAUUCGCUUGAAGAUCUAUUGGCCAACUGUCCUUCUCUUGAGAAACUGGUUUUACAGGACUGCAAGGACUUGUCGGCUCCUCGAGUUUCUUCGUCGAGUCUGAAGUCCUCCGAAGUCCAACUUGUCCCUCGUCAGAAGAUAAAAAUCGAAGCUAUUAACCUUCGAUCUUUGCUUUUUACGGGCGCUCAGUACUGCAGAAUUAGUCUUGCUACAACUUGUGCGGGUCUCGAGAGUCUUUCCUUGUAUAAUGUUGAAUUUCUAGGCCGAUGCUUGGCAGACUAUAUUUUCAAACACACCCUUGAGAGCUUGACUAUAGGUGGAUCUAUCGGAUGGAACGAUGUCAAGAAUAUCCGAAGUCCGCGCCUGAAAAACUUAAUUAUUUCCCAAAGAUUAAGUAAGGAAGCCGGCGCUGUUAAGGUUGAUGCAGUAAAUUUAGUUUCCUUUACCUAUAAAGCUCAUCGCAUGAAAAAGUUCUGUGACAUUUCUUUGAACUCCCCAAAUCUGCGGGUUUGCAAUGUAAAACUUACAAGCCAAUAUCGUAUCUAUGAUACAAACUGGUAUGUCAAUCUGAUGCGCUUACUAUCAGACGUUAGCUGUUCCAAGAACAUGUGCCUGGAUGUCUACUAUGAAGAGGCUCUCAUCAUUCCAAAUGAAUUGAGAAGCAUUUGUCGCUCUUCUUUGCUUGCCGUAGAGCAUCUGAAGGUCACAACAUAUAGUCGAUUGUCGAAAAUGUCCGACUUAAAGGAUUCCUUGUAUUGGCUUUCACCAUCUCUAAAGUCAUUAUCUAUGGAACAACAGAAGAAUGGUUUUCACUUUUAG